AUGAAACCGAGAGACAGGCAAAGGUUUAGUGAAGAUAUCAGCAAUCUGCUCAGAGGAAAGAGGUUUACUGCUUUAUCACGUUCGCAUAUUCAUCAACUCAAGAACAAACUUCAAUCACUUUCAAAGAAAUCUCAACCUAUGGAGGCCUAUCUGCAACAGUUCAAGGACAUUUCAGAUCAAAUUGCAUUGGUCACUACACCUAUUGAUGAUGAAGAUCUUAUUCUUCUUGUUUUGAAUGGUCUUCCUGAUGAGUAUAACUCAUUCAAAACAGCUAUUCGAGCCAGAUCUGGUGCUGUAACCAUGGAAGAGGUGUCCUCUUUGUUGUGUUCUGAGGCAAUUCAUAUUGAGAAGAUCAAUCUACACUCCUCUCCCAAUGUUGCUUUUUCUGCAGUUCAAGGAACGUCUUCUGCCCCUCAAACUCUAUCUUCACCAUAUCCUUCUACUCAAGGUUUACAACAUUUUCAGUCAGGCCCAAACCGAUCCAAUUUUUCUACUUAUAGAGGAAAUCAUUCCAAUUCUCGGGGCAGAGGUCGGUUUACAAAUUUUUCUCACUAUAGAGGUCAUCGUGGUUCAGGUCUUGUUUGCCAAAUCUGUGGCAAAAAUAAUCACACAGCUCUUGAAUGUCGUAACCGUAUGAGUCCAGCUUAUACACCAGCCAUGAAUCCAGUUUAUAUACCAGCUUAUCCACUUUCUUAUGGUUCUGUUUCUGGUUCACCAACUCAAGGAAACAACUCUAUGUCUUUUUUCUAUCCUGGUGUUUCUUCUCCAUCUACAGCCUCUUCUUCCUCAUCUUCUCCUUCUUUGUCUACUCUUCAGUCCUUCUUUUGGCCUUCUCCAACUGUUGCUUCUAUUUCUUCUUCUGAUUCUUCUUCUCUUUCUACUUUACCUAUCUCCUCUGCACAGUCUUCUUCUCCCUCAACUUCCUCCUCCUCUUCAUAUCCUUCCUUGGCUGCUCAUCCUGGUAUUCACUUAACCAUACCUAUCCUUCUUCAUCCUCCUCCUUCUUCUUUUAAUACUCAUCCUAUGAUUACUAGGUCCAAGGCUACUUCUUCCCUAUGUUUAUCAGCUUCUCUUUCUCCCUCUCUUGCUGAACCUACCUCCUACAAAGAGGCUCUUCAAUCUCCACAUUGGUUGCCUCAAACCAGAACUUGA